UAGUUGUACCUCCUCUCCUUUAGCAACUAUGGCUCGAACGAAGCUUGUUGCUCUUUCCUUCAUAGUGUUGUUAAGCAUUAGCCUCACUGAGGCAAGCCGAUCGCUGACAUCUGCUGGUGGAGGAGGUGGUGGUGGCGGCGGCGGAGGAGGUGGUGGCUCUGGGAACGGCUCCGGAUCUGGCUAUGGUUCCGGAUCUGGUUAUGGUGAAGGAGGUGGAUCAGGAUCCAGUGGUGGAGGGUAUGGAAGGGGCGGCGGUGGUGGCGGUGGAGGAGGAGAAGGGGGAGGGAGCGGUUCUGGCUAUGGGUCAGGGAGUGGAUAUGGCUCCGGAUACGGGUCUGGAGGAGCACAUGGUGGAGGGUAUGGAAGCGGCGGAGGUGGCGGCGGCGGUGGCGGCUCAGGCUCAGGAUCGGGCUCCGGGUCUGGCUAUGGUUCAGGCUAUGGGUCUGGAUAUGGGAGUGGGGGUGGGGGGCACCCAUAAUGCAUAGACCUACAACCACCGAAGCCUGGCAUGCAUGCAUGCUAGAUUACAUGCAUCGCUCUCUGUCUGCUUUCUAUACUGUAGUUAUGUGUAUGUAGUAGUGAAUAAAAAAAAGGGCUUCUGGAUCUCGAUAUUUGCCAUGCUGAAUAAAAGGAAAAUUAUGGAUGU